UUCAUUCUGUGCUGACGACUUUCCGAGUGCGGUUGCGUCAGAAACGUUUGCUGUGCGUUUUGUGAAAAUAUACAGUUUUAGUGUUGUGAACACAUUUUGGAUACUUUGCUGAGUGUAAUGUGUGUCGCGAUUAUUUCCAGAACUGAAAGGCCUUCCGUUCGCAAAAGGCCCCCCAUGAAAUCCUGUGGAGGAGGGAAGGGAUCCUCAAUGGCUCCUCUACUCUUCAUAUUUCUCACAAUCACUUCGGCUUCUGCUCAUGGGUUUUCUCUGGAAGGCUUAUCUUUUCAUAGGCAGUGCGAGUCUGAUCACCAGUGCGACAACGGCUUCUACUGCUACGAGGAGUCACAUCUGUGUACUCGCUGUGUGGACUGCGCCUCGUACAAGCGCAGGUCGUCCUGGCGCUCUUGUCCCAAGACUCCAGCUGAUUGCGGCGGAUGUGAAAACAACUAUGGGGAAGAGAUUCUGCACAACGGAAGAACCAGAGACAUGUGCGUUCCCUCCACCCCCAACAAUCUCAGCCACACCAUUGUUCCAGCUUACACAAACUGGGAAAGACUUGGCUGGGUCGCAGGAAUCACAGCUUUCCUCUUACCCCUCGCCUACUACGUCUUCGCCAGGAAAAACCGUAUAAGAGAUCGAGGCACAAUCCACCACGACCUGAGAAGGGAAGAACCUCCUCCCUACAGGAGCAUUGAGCUGACCACACUGUCAACAAACAACUCUGAAGAACAAUUGGCUGAAGCUUACACAAUGAACGUGGGACAACAGAAGGACCAGUUGGUACAGGCAGUCCCCUUCCAAAAACCGGCUUAUAUGGACGAAGAGUUGAUGGCAUUUGACAACACUCAGAAUGAAAAUUCUGAGGAUUCAGACUUUGUCACCAAUGAGCAUCCAGUGCCUACUGUAUCCAGUGUGGAGCUGCAGGAUGAGAACACCAUGCCCAGUGAUUGGACACCAGACGAAAACAGCAACGGUCAGCUCAUGAGCUUUGAGCUGGAUUCAGAGGAGUGUGAGCCGGCCGCUAAACGUCACAAAACUAGCGAAACUCCAGACUCGGAGCCAGAACUGGACAACAACACUCACAAUCUUAGCAUCAACCUUUUUAUCAACAACAACGUCACCAUCCAUAAGCCUCACUAGAGUCUUAAUCAAAGCACUUGUUGUUCAUGGAUGCGUUUAUUUACUCCAUUCUUGUUUUUGAUACUUAGAGUUUAUUCUUAAUGUUUGUUUAUCGAAGCAGUUGUUCACGAAUGUAUUUUUAGUGCUCGUUUUAGAACCGUCAAACGUAUCUUUAAUCGAAACAGUAGCUGUUCACUGAUGCAUUUAAUUGAUUCUCGUUUUUUUUUAAACACAGAGCUUAUACUCAAUCGAGCAAUAGUUGUUCACAAGUGUAUUUUUUGUCUAUUCUCCUUUUUUAACCACAGGGUGUGUACUUAAUCAAAGCAGUAGCUGUUCAUAGACGUGUUUAGUCCAUUCUCGUUUUUAAACCUCAGAGCGUAUAUACAAACAUUAGUUGUUCCUAGAUGCAUCUAUUUAAUCAUCCUCAUUUUAACAGCUUAAAAAUAGUUCCUCACUGGUUUAGACAUGAUUUAGUUCGUGUUUUGUUUUUUAAUUUGCCAAUGUGCCUUAAGACAGCCAAAAAGACUACCAAUAGAAAUAUAUCUUCCAUUAGUUUGCUUUGAAACUUGUAAAUGUUGCAUCAGGGUUUUGUAUUUAUGUAAUGUUUAAGGGCUAGGUGUUUGGUACUGUAUUAUCUUUACGUACUAUUGAUUUGUGAUAUCGUUAAGAAUAGGAAUCAUGACGAAGCAAUGCUCUUUGUUUAUCGUAUUAGAGUUGCCUCGUAAACGUACCUGUUUUUAGUAUUACAGAAAGUAUCAUUACAAGUCAUUAGAUAAUUCUGUAUUACUUACCUAGCUGUAUAUUCUCCUUCUUUUAAGACUGUUAAAAUAUUUUCUGUAUUAUCAAUACAAAAUGGUUGUGGAAACGACAGUCAUUUGUGCAAUACUUAAAAGUCUUUCAUUUGUCUUAUAUUGUUAGACUGAAAUUUAAAUUAGCUUUUAACUCAAGCUCAACACUUUACGAUUAAUUUAUUAAGGAACUUUUAUAAGGUUGAAAUUAUAAUUUUUAUCACCGAAUCCUAACCGUCAUAUUUUUAUCUUAUUACUUGAUAGUUUGACUGAAAGUAAGCUACUUAUCGAUUUCAAAAUAAUCUAUACUCACAUUUCCGAAUCUCUUCGGAUACCAAUCUUGUGAUUUCCAUUACUUUAUUUGCCAUUGUUUCUGCAAGAAUUACUUUUACUCUUAACAAAACAGUUUACCAUCCUCAUGACUUUGUAUAUUUAAUGUAUUGUAAAUUUAAACUGUUACAGUGAGAUUUAGUAUUAAGAUUAGUUUGUUAUUAGAUAUUCUUGACGCAUGUCAAACGUCGCCAUAGAAAGCACAGCUGAAGUAAAAUGGAAUGUAUGGGGUUAGACAAUUUUUUUAGAUUUUAUGGUUUUACAUUUUAAUGGAAACAGAUAAUGAAGAUAAUGGUUGGCGUUGGAUUUGAUGCUCACAUUUACCAAUAUAAUGUUCACUUUGUCAAACAAACUCAUAAUGGCUUUUACCAGUUCCUUGUCAUGUGUUUGUUCUUAGUGAACUCAACAAAGUCAACUAGAAUGAUUUUGUGAUUUGUUUUUUCUUUGUAUAUAGCCUUAAGUAUUUCUUAAGGAUUUGUGUUAAUUUUUAAUUUUUACCAAUAGGUUUAACUAAGGAGUUUUUUUUAUCGAAAUAAAGAGUUGUUAA